AUCCUCUAUACUAAACAGUCAUCUCGUGCUGUUGUUCAAAUUGCUAACGUCUAAUUCUCGUGCCCCAGGUACCCUGGUCCGAGAUGCCUCUCGAAUUCCUCCACUCCUACCGACACGCCUACAAAAUAUCCUCACCCAGCGCCUAUCCCACCGAAUACUCCCAGCUCAUCCUCUCCAAAGGAAUCGGCCUCCUAUCCCCUACCUCCAUCGCCGCCCAACGGGCCCAUCUUCGCCAAAGCCAGAACACGAACGGCUCUCACACCAACAACAAAAAACCCCAUCCCCCCCACAUCGCAAGCAGGACCAAUGGCACGAAAGGCUCCUCAGGACACAACCCCAAGAACCAAAGCGCAAUGGAAGGAAAGAAUGCCCUAAACCAUAUUAUCGGCCAGGACCGCGUGAGCAAGAAUCACCUUGCAUUCACCGUCCGCAAACAUUUCAAUAGCGCCGGUCUCGCGGAGCAAGAAGCCAUUGCGCGGUUUCUGUACAAAGUUCGGGAAGAAGGCAGAGGAAGACAGUUUCGUCUGAGGUUUCAACCUUAGUCGCUUCUGUUUAUUCUUUUCUUCGCCUAUACUUUUUUU